AUGGCGACCCCAAUUCUUAUCUCCCACGACCCCUCCCCCGCCUCCGACUCCGGACUCUCUCUCAAGCAGAUUGCCUACUUUGGCCGCGUCUUGGUCAAAGUCUCUACACUUGCCCAGGCAGAGCAAUUCCUCCGUCAGAACUUCCGCACCCUCGAUGUGUUCGUCGACGCGACUGAGAUCUCCUCCGCGGGGGAUCUCGUUGACAUCCUCAAUGCCGGUGCCGCCAAGAUCUUGAUCACUUUGGAGCAACUUACCACCCUCUCCGAGGAGCAAUCCGUACCCUCAUCUCGCCUCCUCAUCAACGCCCAAUCAGACUCCCAGCUGGAUACCCUCCAGCAAUGGAUCGCUGCCAGCCCCGAGCGCAACGAGGCGAGCGUUUGCACCGCACCCGCUGCCGUCCCCGCCGCCGCCGAGAAAUUGAAGAUCGCCUCUGACUCACCACGCCUUUUUGCAACAAUCACUGGAGCGGUCUCAGAAGAUGUGAUCUCUCAACUUACACAACAGGGUGCAAUUGCCGUCGUUUCCUCUCAGGCUUUGACCGUUGAGCGGGACGUGGCUGGCAAGGUUUCUGCCGCCAAGCUUAUUGCGUCGCGCGCGGUCACCGACCAGGCCAAUGGCCUGUACGCGACCUCGGUGACUGACGAGCGAGGCGCAUGUCUCGGUUUUGUCUGGAGCAGCGACGAGAGUAUCGUUGAGGCCCUCCGCACCGGCACCGGUGUUUACCAGAGCCGGAAGCGCGGUCUUUGGUACAAGGGUCAGUCCAGCGGUGAUGUGCAGGAGCUGAUCCGCAUUGGCUUCGACUGUGAUGCCGACUGCUUGGUCUUUGUUGUCAAGCAAAUUGGACGUGGCUUCUGCCACCUCGGCACUGAGACUUGCUUUGGUGCCUCCGCCGGUCUGUCUCGUCUCCAGAAGACUUUGGAUGCUCGCAAGGCCGACGCCCCCGCCGGAUCAUACACUGCUCGCCUGUUCAACGAGCCCAAGCUUAUCGAUGCUAAGAUCAUGGAGGAGGCUGAUGAAUUGUGCCGCGCCCAGACGAAGGAGGAGGUUGCUUUCGAGGCUGCCGAUCUCUUCUACUUUGCCCUGACUAAGUGCACCGCUGCCGGUGUCAGCCUUGAGGACAUCGAGCGCAACCUUGACCUCAAGAGCUUGAAGGUCAAGCGCAGAAAGGGUGACGCCAAGGGCCCUUGGGCUGAGAAGGCUGGCCUGGCCAAGCCCGAGUCCAAGCCCGCUCCCGCUCCUACCCCUGCUCCCGCGCCUGUGGAGGACCGCACAUCUCGUAUCGAGAUGACUCGUGUUAUUACCUCCUCUACUACCCCUCAGGUCGUCUCUGAUUACCUGAAGCGUCCUUCUCAAAAGUCCAACGAUGCCAUCGUUGCAUUGGUCAAGCCCAUCAUCCAGGAUGUCCGUGACGGUGGUGACGCCGCCGUUCUCAAGUACACUCACAAGUUCGAGAAGGCUACCUCGCUCACCUCCCCCGUCAUCAAGGCACCUUUCCCCGCCGAGCUUAUGAAGUUGGCUCCUGAUGUCCAGGAGGCCCUUGAUGUCAGCAUUGGCAACAUUGACCGCUUCCACUCAGCACAGAAGGGAAGCAAUGAUGCCCUCCACAUGGAAACCAUGCCCGGUGUCGUUUGCUCCCGAUUCUCCCGCCCCAUUGAGCGAGUGGGUCUGUACAUUCCUGGCGGCACUGCCGUGUUGCCCUCCACUGCCAUGAUGCUUGGUGUCCCCGCCAUGGUGGCCGGCUGCAACAAGAUUGUCCUUGCCUCGCCUCCUCGCUCAGACGGCAGCAUCUCCCCCGAGAUUGUCUACGUCGCCCACAAGGUCGGUGCCGAGAGCAUCGUUCUGGCCGGUGGUGCCCAGGCCGUCGCCGCGAUGGCUUAUGGAACCGAGAGCAUUACCAAGGUUGACAAGAUCUUGGGACCCGGUAACCAGUUCGUGACAGCUGCUAAGAUGUUCGUGUCCAACGACACCUCCGCCGGUGUCAGCAUCGACAUGCCCGCCGGUCCUAGCGAAGUCCUCGUGAUUGCCGACAAGACUGCCAACCCGGCCUUCGUCGCUUCCGACCUGCUCAGUCAAGCCGAGCACGGCGUCGACUCGCAAGUCAUCCUCAUCGCUGUCGACCUCAACGAGGCCGAGCUGCGCGCCAUCGAGGACGAGGUUGAUGCCCAGGCCAAGGCCCUGCCCCGCAUGGACAUCGUUCGCGGCUCGCUCGAACACUCCGUCACCUUCGUCGUCAGCGACAUCAACGAGGCCAUGGUCCUCAGCAACGAUUACGCGCCCGAGCACUUGAUCCUGCAAGUCCAGAACCCCGAGUCUGUUGUCGAGCAGGUUCAGAACGCAGGCAGUGUCUUCAUCGGUCCCUGGACUCCCGAGAGUGUUGGCGAUUACUCCGCCGGUGUCAACCACUCGCUGCCUACCUACGGCUACGCUAAGCAAUACUCUGGUGUCAACCUGGGCUCUUUCCUGAAGCACAUCACCAGCUCCAACCUUACUGCCGAGGGUCUGCUCGGCCUCGCGAAGACCGUCGAGACCCUUGCUGCCGUGGAGGGACUGGAGGCGCACAAGCGUGCUGUGAGCAUUCGUGUCGCUCAGAUGAAGAAGAACCAGUCAUAG